AUGAAAGUUUUUAAUACAAAGCUUCAAACGGUAGUGAGAGAACAACUGACUGCGGAAGGACAUCCAUUGCCUUCAGAAGUUACCAUAGCAUAUAAUUUUGAAACAAACUCAAUAGAUUUUAAAGUCAUCUCUGCAAAGAAGUCAGGUUUUACAUUUAAUGAAGCAGAUGUAUAUUCGAAUGAAAACUUCAAAGCUAUUGCAUGGUUAGAUAAUGACGAUUGCUUUAAGAAAAUAUUUAAAUUCAGUGACUCAACGAUGUCAAUAGAUGACCUUCGUGGAAUGUUACCAUCGACGUUUACAGUAGAAGGUUCAGCAGGAUUGCUUACAAGAUUGUCAAUUGGUGGUAUUUGGUCUCGUGAGAACAUUGUUAUAAAAUCCAGUAUAAGUGAAUUUGCUGAAGAAUCUAUAUUAUGUCUUUCAAACUACAUGUAUUCGCCGCCGAAGCAUUAUAGUAUAACAAACUUUGUCAGUAAGUUUAACAUAAGACUUGUCGAACCUUCUUCAAUGAAAGAUGUUGUGCUACCUAAAGAUGGAAAGGAUGGACUCAUUAUUGAGAUGAUUUUAAUAGCAUAUUAA